AUGCCCGUCUGCGCCGGCAGCCGCGCCCUGCCUGCCGAGCCCGCGGCAACCGCGUUGCCGCUGCUCCCGACCGCGGCGCUCCACGCCCCGGGCCACUCCCUUUCGCUCUGGCCAUCGGCCCCGCUCGCGCGACCGCGCCCUCACGCCGUCCAGCCGCCGCCCUGCUCCCCGUGCCGAACCCCGUCGCCGUGCGCCGCAUCCACGGCCGCAUCCGCGUCGCGCCCGCCGCUUGCUAUGCGCGCCCGCACGCACCCCCUCUGCGUCGCGCUUGGCCGCCGCCCCCCUCACCCCGCAGACCCGCUCCAGCCAGCUGCGGCUGCCCUGCCGUGGCCGCCGGCCAGCCCAUGUGCGCCCGGGUCCAGGUGA